AUGCCUCCAACUUCGACGACUCUGCCGCCCGCACUGAGCACCACGGCCUCGGACGAGUUGAGCAAAGUGGCCCUGAACACCGGGUCCAAUGUCAGUGUCAGCGCCUACCUCAUCGCGCCCCUCUUCAUGGUGCUCGCUGUGAUUUUCGCCUCAGUCUUGGUUUUUCUGAUCAUUCGAAAGAGACGACUCGAUGAACUGAGGCACACCCUGAUGCCCAUGUACAACUUUGACCCUGCGGACGAGGGCGACCAAGACUGGGAGCAGGAGCUGCUUGAGGCUGUCCAGGAGACUAUGCCUUAUCAGCACCAACUCAAUAUAAAAAACUAA